AUGAAGCUUCUGUUGGUGUUAUUGUUCGCAACGGUGUACGCCAAACACGAGGAGUACUCAGGAUGGAAGUCUUUCUACAUAAAACCAUCAAGCCAUGACCAGUUGAAAGACCUUGGCAAUCUGAUCUCAAAGCUUGAGCUGGAUUUCUAUAUCCACCCUUCUUUAGAUAGGGAAGGCGUUGUGUUAGUUAAGCCACAGUAUCAAGACGACUUCGUCAAAUUCGUAAAUGAAGAGAAUAUGAAGUACUGGAUUCAUGCAGAUGACGUAAAAAUCCAACUAGACAAAGAUGACCUGAUGAUGGAAAGCUUCCAGCAAGAAGCACGUUUUAGCAAGUCUUCAAGCUUCAAUUACGAUAAAUAUCACACUUUGGAUGUUAUCUACGAAUAUCUUGACUCAGUAGCUCAAAAGCACAGCGAUACUGUGAAAUUGGUGACGCCAGCGACUUCUUACGAAGGUCGUACAUUGAAAUACUUGAAGAUAUCAAAAGACAACUUCCAAAGCGGUAAACCGGUGAUAUUCAUCGAUGGUGCUACACACGCCAGAGAGUGGAUCACUAUACCGACAGUCACUUAUGCUAUACAUAAGCUUGUUGAAAACGUAACCGAACCUGAUCUAUUGGAUAAGUUUGAUUGGAUCCUGUAUCCAGUUGUGAACCCUGAUGGCUACGAACACACUCACGUAAAGGAACGUAUGUGGCGCAAAACUCGUUCGACCGACCAACACGUGGCGGGCAAAAUUUGUCGCGGAGUUGAUAUUAAUAGAAAUUUCGACUUCGAGUGGAACACCGUCGGCACGGAGAGUCACCCUUGCUCAGACAUCUUCCCAGGAAGAAAGCCGUUCUCCGAAGUGGAAACCAGAGUUGUCCGUUCAAUAUUCAAUGAGCACCAUCAAAAUAUGAUCUUGUAUUUGUCGGUGCACAGUUUUGGGAGCAUGUUUUUAUAUCCAUGGAGCAACAAUGGAAGCCUUUCUGAUAGGGGACUCCAGCUCCAUAUGGUUGGAAUAAGGAUGGCCGAUGCUAUACAUGAAUUAUCGCUUAAACACUUCCCUAGAUAUCGUGUUGGUAAUACUGCAUUGGUUAUCGAUUAUUUCUCAUCAGGGUCCUCUAGUGAUUAUGCGCAUUCUAUAGGAGUUCCUCUGAGUUAUACAGUAGAGUUACCUGGUAGAGGUUCUAAAGGGUUUGUUCUGCAUCCGAGGUAUAUUAAACCGGUUGUUACUGAAACAUGGGCUGGAUUCGCCGCCGGCGCGCGAAUGGCUGGACAACUUUUUGGUUCCAGAUAA